CAGUUCGGUUCUUCCAUCUCCAAACAGGGCUCAAACAUUUACGUGGAGGCACAGAUUGAGAAUCUCAUGCCACAACCCCUUAUGGUGGAGCGAUUGGCUUGGGAGCCAGGGCCUCUGAUCAAGGCAACUGACUUAAACUCGCUCGUGGAUUGGACGAGGAGCAGGCGAAAAGGUCGUCUCACUCCCACCUUGAUGGCACCGAAAGAGGUGUGGCGACUACUCUACCUCACUCAGCCUCUCAAUACCAGCGCGGCGUCUGCUGCGGGUGAAGUAAAACUUGGCCACCUAGACAUUGCUUGGCGCACAACCAUGGGUGAAACGGGUCAUCUCUUAACCUUUCCCUGUAUGUCUAAUAUCCCGCAUUACUCCGAUGUCUCGAUGAAUGUUGUCAAACUUCCAGCACAGGUUGUCGUUGAGGAUCCCUUUCAAAUGGUCUGCGAGAUCACAAAUAGAAGUUUUGCCCUCAUCUUCUCCACCAUUAGUACCACCACCUACUUCUGUCGGCCAUUAUCCCUUUUCAGUUCACGUGUACUGGAGCUCAUGCUCUCUCGACCAGAGACCUCCGCGACAACUGCAACUGCUGGUGGUUACGAGACGACUUCUGACACUACUACUACUACAGGUGCUGCUACUGCUGCCGUUGCUGUUACCGCGGCAGCCUUCCCGGCCUUCAUUUGGACAGGUGUGACUUACCAACGUCUGCCAAGUUUGGCUCCUGCAACGUCGACCCAGCUGACCCUUGAAUUUGUUCCCGUCAUGACUGGACUACAGGGAUGGGUAAUUGUAGGUGUUCUUCCUAAUAUUCUUCCUUUCUACCGUUCUGACUUGGUCUGGUCCGGCCCGCUGAAGGAGGUGCCACCGUUUGAACUGAAAGAGAUCUCCACGGAAGGUUGCUUCACAUUCAGCAAUUUGGGCUGGGUCCUUGUAACCAGUGCUCCUGCUGCCUAA